AAGGGAUAAGGUUUUGAUAUGCAUAUCAACCAAUGGGAUGAGAGGGGGUUCAAGAGCCACAAGCUUGAUGUUGCAGUGAGAGAUGAAAGUACUUAGCCAGUUCAGUUCCUGAAUUGGGACAGUCUCUCUUCUACAAACUCUCUCGUCAUGGCAGCUUCUUCUCCAAUGGCAAUCCAACUCAAGUCCUCCUUCACUAGGACUCUUGUCUCACCCAAGGGUCUCUCUUCCUCUUCUCCACUUCCCCUCUACCCUUCUAGAAGACACUCCACCUUCACUGUUAAGGCCAUCCAAUCAGAAAAGCCAACGUAUCAAGUCAUUCAGCCCAUCAACGGUGACCCAUUCAUCGGAAGUCUCGAAACGCCGGUAACAUCCAGCCCUUUGAUCGCCUGGUACCUCUCCAACCUCCCUGCUUACAGGACCGCAGUCAGCCCACUCCUCAGAGGCAUCGAAGUGGGCCUGGCCCACGGCUACCUCCUCGUGGGCCCCUUCGUGAAGGCCGGCCCUCUCAGGAACACCGAGUACGCGGGCGCAGCGGGCUCGCUCGCUGCCGGUGGGCUUGUCGCGAUCCUGAGCAUCUGCCUCACAAUCUACGGGAUCUCAUCGUUCAACGAAGGAGACGCAUCCACGGCCCCUUCCCUGACCUUAACGGGCCGCAAGAAGCAGCCCGAUCAGCUCCAGACCGCCGACGGAUGGGCCAAGUUCACCGGGGGCUUCUUCUUCGGAGGCAUUUCGGGUGUUAUUUGGGCCUACUUCCUCCUCUACGUCUUGGACCUUCCUUACUACAUCAAGUGAUUUGUUUCUCUCUCUCUUUUAUUAAUUCAUUCUCUAUGAAUGGACAGUGAAUGAAUGAAGAGUUAUUUGUGCAAUAGAGAUGCAUGUAAAUGAUGAUGUAUUUUAUGACUCUCAACGUGUCACAAAUGCUAAAUUCUCUCUCUUAUUCUUGCCA